UCCUCCAGCUGCCAGUCAGCCUUUCCAUUUCAAACUUACACUGAGCCCCUCCCGUGACUUCUCUCCUGUUAGUGGAGUCCUCCUCCCAGGGCUUCCCCCAGGUGAACACACGCAGAGAUUACGCCCAGUCAGGUGCUGCAGGGGGAUGACUGGAAGAAGUUGGGUUGUCCAGAGAAACCGGCGGUUCUGACGGUGCUGUUUUAAGAGGAGAGGCGCAGACCUCCAGAAGACACCAUGAUGUCUGCCGUAGAGACUGGUGUGUACCAGCCCGCGCAGCUUCUCAGCUGGGUCUACAUGUCCUUACAAGACACGCCGAGUAGCGCUUUUGACGGCUUCAAAGUCGAGUCGGACUCCUCUCUUCUGGACGUGAGCACCUCCAAGCGCAGCGCAGCUGAUCUGAGCUCCAACUAUCUCAACAACUUCUUCCAUCUGAGCAGUGAGAGCUUGAACAAUAAUUUCUACAAGAGGACUUCACCUUAUGGAUCUCUCAACAAUAUUGUGGAUGGCCUGAGCUCACUGGCAGACCAUUUCUCAGACCUUUCCCUGUCUCCUGAGACACGGAAACCCAGCAAAAGGCCGCCACCCAACUACCUAUGCCACCUUUGUUUCAACAAAGGACACUACAUCAAAGACUGCCCUCAGGCUCGACCCAAAGGCGAGGGCCUGACCCCUUAUCAGGGAAAAAAGAGGUGUUUUGGAGAGUAUAAAUGUCCAAAAUGCAAGAGGAAGUGGAUGAGCGGGAACUCCUGGGCCAACAUGGGACAAGAAUGUAUCAAGUGCCACAUCAACGUUUACCCUCACAAGCAGAGACCUCUGGAGAAGCCGGAUGGGUUGGAUGUGUCUGACCAGAGUAAAGAGCAUCCGCAACACCUGUGUGAAAAAUGCAAAGUCCUUGGCUACUACUGCCGCCGAGUGCAAUAACACAUUCAGUUUGCCUAACACACUGCUCCAAAGCUUCAUGAAACACACAUAGCUACGACAGCUAUAUUUUAGUUACUAAAGCUACAACAUCUAUAGUGCAGUAAUGCAUCUCACGCUUUCAUGAAAUACCCUCGGACUCUGGUUUCAGUAGUAUCAGUGGAGAUGAGUACUUUGUGUUUGCUGGGUUCUUGUAAGCUACUCGGUUUUCAUUAUGUGAAUAUUCAUUUGAAGUCUGAACUUUGAGCCAACUGUGAAUUAAGAAACUUCACUUUCUUCACUUGUGAGCAACUUCUUGGAACAGCUUUCAUAUAGAGGUUCUUUUACAUGUGUGUAUAUUUCAGAAAUAACUUACAAUGUUUUUGUAUAAAAUAUGCAAGUCUUUGCCAAGAUGGUUAUGCAGUAAUAAUGUAUAUCUGCCUUGUCCUCUGUAUUAUUAGUAUUGGUGGGUACAUCAUUUUUCUAAUAUAUGUUUUAAGCCAUACUAUUUUGUUGAAUAUUACUCUUUGUGAAGGAAUAUAUUAGUCAACUAACAUUAAGUUCUUUUAUACUACGUGCUACAGUUUAUGGUGAAAACACUCGUCAGGUAGUUUGUCGGUCCAAAGUUUUAAAUAAAUAUGAAGUGUAGAAACUUUUCUAAUAGUAAUUUACAGCAACUGUAUUUUGGCACCCAGUGCUAAAAGACUCGCCAAAGUGCUUAUGGUCAUAAUGUAGUAUAUAACAUGUGACAGUAAAAAAAAAAGUGAAUGUAACAAACAGUGAUAGAGGUUUAAGUGAAGGGUUGCAUGUGAGUGGUGCUUUUCAGGGUAUUUUUCACUGGACUUGCUAAUAAAUGAGUAUGGAACAGAAAUACCCUUUAACUUGUAAACUGUGUUAAAUUUAAUGUGCCUUCAUUUGUAUAACCCAUGAGAUAGAUGCUUCUCUAUUGAAAUAUUUGCAUUAAAAUUUAUUUAAACGUGAUCGGUUUCUGAUCUCAUCUCUACAUCUCAAGUAAGGAUGUAAGCACAUAUCAUGAGGGGGGACUACAGAGAAUAACUUAAUGAGAUAUGGCUUCAGUAUCAUCAAAUACAAUCGCAGGUAAUCUUAUAAUUAAAAAAAUAAAAUCAUCUGCCUCCAUCCAUCCUUUGCAUCCUCUUUUGUCACACCAAGCCUGUGUGUUCUUCCUCUUUUCCUCCUGCCUAACAACUCCACAUUUCCACACUCUGUGAACAUCAGUCCACCGAAACUCAUGUCUGACAUCUGUCAGGCUGUCCAUCACCACUAUAUACAAGAGAUCAAUGUAGUUUAAAGUGAAGGUAAUCCUAACUUCACGUUAAACUCAUCUGUCAUUCCUAUCACAGCUCACUCAUUUUGUUGCCCACAUACACUUUCUGCCACUGUUUAUUUCUUCAUACAAUACCAUAGCUCCUCUCUUUGUACCUCAUUGUAUUUUUUCUACAUAUACAAAUACAGAUUGUACCUGUUUCUGAACUUCUCAGGAUAGUUCAGAAAGAAUAUUUUUCCAACAUCUCCAAUAAAAGGUAGGCACUACUGCUACAAAUAGUUUUAUUUCAGCCAGUUUGCUGAUGUGCAAAAUUUUAUUUUUAAGGAAUUUUUUUUAUUUUUUGACAUCUUUGCUAAAAACCACAUGUUUAGAAAAGGGUUUUGUUUUUACAAAAUGAAUGCCCCUUUUCGCGAAAUUAGUUCAAGUUUAUAUUGCUAAAUUCACAGAGCUUUGUCACAUAUUAGGAUCAUUCAUUAUUUUUGAUGCAUCAAGUUCACAUUUAAAGCAAACACAUGUGUGUUGGCCAUUACCUGAAGUAAUACAGCAUUUAAGCACAAAAACCUAAACAAAAAAUG